UGUGGCUUUAAUUCUUCCACUCUACCUCCACAGUCUCUCAUUCUGGGGAAGAAAAGAAUCUUAAGAUACAUCUUUAAUUUCAGACCCAGCUCUGAGCAGUUCAUCACGAAUUCUUCUUUCCAGUCUUCCCAUCCACUGAAGAAGUUAGAAGUGUGGGAAAUACCAAGCUUCCUUGAGUGAAGACAUUGUUUGGACUUUCCCUAAAAGAAAAUCCAACACUAUACAGAAGUUCCAACAUUUUCUACUUAUUUGAAGGAAGAAAGGCUGCUCAAUAUUUCCUGCCUCCUUGUUUCUUUCAUUUUAAGGGAUUGGAUUUUGCGUCAUUAGAACCAUGAGCAACUACAAUGUGUCCUUGGUUGGCCCAGCUCCCUGGGGUUUCCGGCUGCAAGGUGGCAAGGAUUUCAACAUGCCUUUGACAAUCUCAAGUCUAAAAGAUGGUGGAAAAGCAUCCCAGGCAAACGUAAGAAUAGGUGACGUGGUUCUCAGCAUUGAUGGAAUAAGUGCCCAUGGCAUGACUCAUCUGGAAGCCCAGAACAAGAUUAAGGGUUGUACAGACUCUUUGAAUAUGACUCUGCAAAGAGCAUCUGCUACACCCAAGCUUGAACCAGUUCCUGUUCAAAAGGGAGAACCUAAAGAAGUAGUUAAACCUGUGCCCAUUCCAUCUCCUGCUGUGUCCAAAGUCACUUCCACAACCAACAUGGCCUACAAUAAGGCCCCGCGGCCCUUUGGUUCUGUGUCUUCACCAAAAGUCACAUCCAUCCCAUCACCAUCGUCUGCCUUCACCCCAGCCCACGCAACCACUUCAUCACAUGCUUCCCCUCCACCCGUGGCCGCUGUCACUUCUCCCCCAUUCGCUGCAUCUGGACCGCAUGCUAAUACCAAUCUUAGUGCUGACCAGCGGUCAUCUGCGCUGAACGCUGGUAAACCUGCAGUUAAUGUCCCACGGCAGCCCACAGUCACCAGCGUGUGUGCCGAGACUGCCCAGGAGCUAGCGGAGGGACAGAGAAGAGGAUCCCAGGGUGACAGUAAACAGCAAAAUGGUAACCCUGGCACCGUGAAAAUCCCACCCAAACGCCCACCAAGAAAACACAUUAUGGAUCGUAAUACCGAGUUUUAUCACAUACCUACUCACAGCGAUGCCAGCAAGAAGAGGCUGAUUGAGGAUACUGAAGACUGGCGUCCGAGGACUGGAACAACUCAGUCUCGUUCUUUCCGCAUCCUUGCUCAGAUCACUGGGACUGAACAUCUGAAAGAGUCGGAAGCUGAAAAUACAAAGAAGGCAAACAAUGCCCAGGAGCCUUCUCAGCAGCCUGCCCCAUCAGCAGGUGCAGCUUGGAGCUCCCCCGAGAGGCCGGGAAGCCCAGGCUCGGCCAGACCAGGGGUGGCUGGGCUCACCACUGCUGCCGCCUUCAAGCCUCUGGCGUCCAGUGGGAUCAAGUCACCAAACUGGCAACGGCCCAGCCAAGCAGCACCUUCCACUGGAAGAGUCGUAAGCAGUGGGCCAUCCACAGGAGCUGUGGCACCAGCUAACUCAGCCAGAGGGCAGCCUCAGCCCAGUGACGAGGACACUUUGGUGCAAAGGGCCGAGCAUAUUCCCGCAGGGAAACGAACUCCGAUGUGCGCCCACUGCAACCAGGUUAUCAGGGGACCAUUCCUAGUGGCAUUGGGGAAAUCUUGGCACCCAGAAGAAUUUAACUGUGCUCACUGCAAAAAUACGAUGGCCUACAUUGGAUUUGUAGAGGAACAGGGAGCCCUGUAUUGUGAGCUCUGCUAUGAGAAAUUCUUUGCUCCUGAAUGUGGUCGAUGCCAAAGGAAGAUCCUUGGAGAAGUCAUCAAUGCUUUGAAACAAACUUGGCAUGUUUCCUGUUUUGUGUGUGUGGCCUGUGGAAAGCCUAUUGGUAAUAAUGUUUUUCACUUGGAGGAUGGUGAGCCCUACUGUGAGACUGAUUAUUAUGCCCUCUUUGGUACUAUAUGCCGUGGAUGUGAAUUUCCCAUAGAAGCUGGUGACAUGUUCCUGGAAGCUCUGGGGUAUACCUGGCACGACACUUGUUUUGUAUGCUCAGUAUGUUGUGAAAGUUUGGAAGGUCAGACCUUUUUCUCUAAGAAGGACAAGCCACUUUGCAAGAAACAUGCUCAUUCUGUGAAUUUUUAAAAGUCAACUGUCCAGGGGAAGAGAAGAAAUUUGAAGAGAAAGAGGAAAUUUUAAAUUACCAAUUAAUUUUUGGAUUUAAUAUUUAUAUGAAGUUUUGAAAAAUAAUAGUGGCCCUCAGGGGGUAAAUUCCAAGCUUUGAAAACCAAGUCUAUGAGGAAAUAUUUGGCUUCAUAAAGUAAAGAAACAGUUUGGUGUUUAUUAUUACUUUUUUCCCUGUAUUUUCUGCCCAUAAAGUAACUUUUAUAAAAAUCAAUUUCCUGGUUGACUAUUAAAUUCAUCUUAGAAUAAAUUAGUGAAGAAUUAAAUUUCAGAAUAAAAACCUUCAAUUUCUAUGCUGAAAUAACUUAACUUUACAUGUAAGGUAGUUUGGAGUAAAUCUAUAAAAAGACAAUGGAAUGCCUUACACUUAAAUGAAACAUUGUGUUUUUCUUAAAAAAAAAAUAGCAUUUAUCUUUAAAACAGUAAAUAGGAAUUUAAACAGAGAAUUUUAUCAGUAGUAGGUGUCAGGUUUUUUUAAACUGUAUUUUUUUUUUUUUUGUCUUUACAGUUGAUCAUUCCAAUAGGAAAGGCCAAUGAGAUUUUGAUCAAAACAUGUCUUGUCAGUAGGAGAUGUUAUAUUUUUGUCUGAUUUCCCUCAACCCCAAAAAGCUACCACAUAGCUUAUAAAUUUCAGUUUUUUGCCUAUUAUUAGAAUAUGACCAUUUUCUAUUAAUUGUGUAUGUUUCACCACCUAUGUCAGUCAAACUAUUUUUUUUCCCUUCCCUUAAGCUGAGGUAAACAGCUUGUUGAAUAACUUUGGACUCUGAAAGUUGUCUCUCUCUUUAAAGAGAAUAAAUAGAAAAGAAUGUGGUUGGGAGUGAUGGUAAAUCAAAAGAUUGGAUCAGAAAUUUUUAAAAAUUCCCCCUUUUUAGACAGUGAGUCAAUUUGAUCAGUUCGUGUUAUACUAUUGACUGAUGAAGGUUUGAAAGUUCUCUUUGCAGAAUAAUUUUUUUUUGUUCAGUUCUACAUUAGAAAAAUAAAAUAUUGGUUUGGGGAUAUGAUAGAAAUUUAGAUUUUUUUUUUCUUUUAGUAGUUCUUUUUCAAUAAUAAAUGAACCACUUCUAAAAGUAAUCAUGAAGUUUGGAAAGCUUUUGUUCACAGAGGUUUGAUAGUAUAGAGAGGAACAUGAUUAAUUACUCAGACCAGCUUGUUCUUUGUUUUGUUCAUUUUAGGGAAAAAAAUUAUGUAGCUACCACGUGAAGACAGAAAUAAUUGUGGUAAGAGUGUGAAUCCUGUUGAUAUUUGCCCAGUGAGAAGAGAUUAUGGCAUUUGAUAGUUUUUUUGUUUGUUUCCAGAAUGGACAAAAGCCCAUGAUCACACUAAGUUAUCACUUGGAUUUGUUUGGGGAAGGGUGCUUUUAUAGUUGAGACUGAGCCCCACCCCCUGCCCGCCUCAUCCAUCACUUGAGACUUCACUUUCAUUGUGUGCAUGUUUGUUAGAGAGCAGGGUAUUAGGCUACAGUAUUUGUUUAACCUCCCUAAUAACUGUUCAAGGUAUCUGUCCUGAAAGCUGCUAAUUCAUGGUCUAGCAGACUUACAUUAUAUGCAGAUAGUAAUUAAGUGGGAAUAAAAAGAAUAAACUGGGAUAAAAUAAAAAGAAUAAACUGGGAAUAAAAAGAAUGAGAAAUGUGGCGCAAAGCAGCAAACUGAAUCCUUCACCAGUGGCAACCCAGAACUGUCCCCUUGCCCUGCAUCUUGUAGGGACGCAGGGAGUUUUUUCUGUUGUGUUUUAAAAGCUGGAACUGAAUCGUGCCAUAUUUCCCAUUGCUGCUGAAACCACCCAUGGAAGACACGCUGCAUUGUCACGAAUCUUAGUGUCAGUCCUUUGCUUUACAUGACAUAAAAUACGUUGGUGGUUUUGUUUUAGUGUGAUAGAGAUAUUUUUGUUGUUUUUCAGUUUUGCUUUUACAUGGUAAAGAGUCUGCCUGCCGUGCGGGAGACUCGCAUCCCUAGACUCGGAUCCCUAGGUCCGGAAGAUCGCCUGGAGAAGGAAAUGGCAACCCACUCCUGUAUUCUUCCCUGGAAAACUCCAUGGACAUAGGGGCCUGGCAGGCUACAGCCCAUGGGGUCACUAAGAGUCAGACACGACUGAGUGAGUUCACUUUACAGAUUAUAUGCCAAGAGAGUAUUUGAUAAGUCAGUGGCAUUGGAAUGGCAUUUGGGUAUUUUGUUCAAAGAAUUUUAUUUGAUCUGGAUUUCUUAUAAAGUUAUAUUAAGGAUUUUGCUUUUAUUACACUUUUCUUUCUGCAUGUUAUUCAUGGAGCAUAAUGUUGCAUUUCUCUAAAUUUUAUCCCUAAAAGGAUAAUGUCACUUCCUAACGUCAUUUGUCUUUGGCCUUUGGCUUUGUCUUUUGUCCUUUGCUUCUAUGGCAAAGCCUUCUUUUGUCUAUUCUUAAAACAGUUAAUCCUGUGAGAUAAAUACUGACUAUAACCCAGAAGAAUCUCUGUAUUUUAUAGUGGGGAAUGCCAUAUUUAAUACACUAGCAUUAAUCUUUUAAUAACUGGCAGAGCACUUUAUUCUUCUAGUGAGCUCCCAGAAUAUUUAUUUUUCUGAUUAUAAAUAUUCCAUGUCAGUAGCAUUUUUGAAUUGUUACCUCCUUAUUGUAGAGCAUUACUUUUAGUCUCUCUCGAUGUAUAUUUUGGAAUGUUGUGCUUAGAAUAAUACAGAUUAAAAUCACAGUAUGUGAUUCUAAAACAUCCCCUACUUGGUUUCCCAGUUUCUAAAUGCACAGCAUGUCUAUAAGGACAAAAUGUUGCUCACUGAAGUAGCUGUCUAAAAAUAAUGCCCCCUACAUGUGCUUGUAGCAUUCGUAUUUCCUAUUGAUUCAAGUUACAGUUAGCAACUAAAAUUAAAACCUGAUCAUUGGUCAUUGUGCAAAAGACAAGUAGAAAUUAGAGUUUAAAUCUUCAAAACAGCGUUAUGUUUAAAAAUGAUUAUAACAAAAGCGGUAUUCAUGGUACCAUUUUCAAGGACUACUACUAUAGAAAAUACUCUUCCCUGUUCAAGUGUGAAUCUAGAGUUAUGUUAACAUUUUGGUAAUAUUUGGGGUUUAGUUAUUGCUAUUGAAAGGAGAGGCUUUUCAGACUUAAGGGAAGGGAAAACACACUGAAUCAUUUCACACAAUUUGAUAUGUCUUCAGUUUGUCCUCCUUCAACCCCCAGAUGUUUUAAGGUUAUGGGUUUGGAUUCUCAAUAUAUCAUUUACUGGAUGUAUUAGUCUCUAUCUUCUGUUUCUCUGUGUUUUUCAGUUUGUAUAUGUCUGUGCUAUUUUGCCUUUGGAUACAUUUUCUAGUUAAAAACCACAUGAGAAAUAUAAUCAGUAUAUAAACCUUAAUGUGCACAUAAUAAAUAAAUGGCUGCAGUGAUACAAA